ACGAAGAAGAAAGGACGAAGAACGUUAACGGUGCGCCAGCCAUGGCUCCGAUUCAAGGUAUUGAAGCAUGCAACUGUUACAUCGUGACGAAUUCCAUGGGACAAUUUAUCUACAAUAUUGCUGAAAAAUCUAGCUGUUGCGCACAGUGUUGUUGCCGGAAUGCGCGUAGAUUCGAGAUGGACGUCUUGGACCACAGGAACGCCGUCGUGAUGCAUUUCGUGCGGCCCCUGAGAUGCAUGCUCCCGUGGUGUUGCUGCUGCCAGCAAGAAAUAGAAGUUCAAGCACCUCCAGGAUACGUCGUCGCAGUGGUACGUCAGGAGUGGUCCAUGUGCUACCCGAAGUUCUCAGUGAACGACUGCAAUAGCAGAAGAGUGCUGGACAUAGCAGGACCAUCAUGCAAAUCCAGCACACCUUGUAAAUCGGACGUCGAGUUUGAGGUGCGCAGCACAAAUGGCGUCUUCAUAGGCAAGAUCACCAAGCUAUGGGGUGGGGUCCGCAAGGAGCUUUUCACGAUCGCCGACAAUUUCGUCGUCACAUUCCCAUUGGACUUGGAUGCGAAGUUCAAGGGCGCCCUCAUCGCAGCCACCAUGCUCAUCGACUACAGGUUCUUCGAAUCCAGAAGAAGGUAGAGUGACGACCGUCAGCCCGGAGUGUUUCCGUGAUUCGGCUGAAAGUGACCAGAAAACGCCCAUUUUUGUGUUCAAGGAGGUAAAAUCAAUCGCUCCCGGA